CCGUCUGCGGCUGUGAAUGGACUCGUCCGGCCGUGCUCCUCCGCGGGCCGCCUCCGCGCCUUCAGUCGCUUCUGAACAUGAAGCGGACUGAGGCGGAUCACCGGCGGAGGAGCGGCGGGACCCGGGACACGUAGAGCCUCUACAUCCGAAUGACGAGCUCCGGGUCGGGCAGCGGCACGGAACCGGCCCCGGAGCCUGCGCUGCGUUCAGUCCGUGUGGAGCCGGGACGGCGGUCCGGCGGGUGUCCGGGUAGACCGGGUCCUCGGAUAGACCGGGUCUAGGUCUGUGUUGACCGGAUCCUCUUAUGUAACAGAGUUCGACGCUUUGUUUUGUCGCAUUUUUCGCUUUUUUCGGACAAAGACUGAACCAUGUACAACACAGUGUGGACCGGGGACCGGACCGGGGACCGGACCGGGGACGAGGCGGACUGGAGGGACGUCAUGAUGCCCUACUCCACCGAGCUCAUCUUCUACCUGGAGAUGGACCAGCCUCCAGCUCUUCCUCCAAAGCCCGUCAAACCCCAGUCGACGUCCUCGGGCUCGGUGGGUGGAGUCAAUGGGGGCGGAGUCAACGGCAUCAAAGAUGGAGGUUGCGGAGGUUCGCUGCAGGAGGCCGAGUGGUACUGGGGGGACAUAUCCAGGGAGGAGGUGAACGAUAAGCUCCGGGACACGCCCGAUGGGACGUUCCUGGUCCGAGACGCCUCCACAAAGAUGCAGGGAGAUUAUACGCUGACACUAAGGAAAGGAGGAAACAACAAGCUGAUAAAGAUCUACCACCGCGACGGGAAGUACGGCUUCUCGGAGCCGCUGACGUUCGUGUCGGUGGUGGAGCUCAUCGGUCACUACCGACACCAGUCCCUGGCCCAGUACAACACCAAGCUGGACGUCCGGCUCAUGUACCCGGUGUCCAGGUUCCAGCAGGACCAGCUGGUAAAGGAGGACAACAUCGACGCUGUGGGGAAGAAGCUCCAGGAAUAUCACAGCCAGUACCAGGACAAGAGCAGAGAGUACGACCGCCUGUACGAGGACUACACCAGGACCUCACAGGAGAUCCAGAUGAAGCGAACCGCCAUCGAGGCCUUCAACGAGACCAUAAAGAUCUUCGAGGACCAGUGUCACACUCAGGAACGCUACAGUAAAGAUUACAUCGACCGUUUCCGCCGCGAAGGAAACGACAAAGAGAUCGAACGGAUCCUGAUGAACUACGAGAAACUCAAGUCCAGGCUCGGAGAAAUCCACGACAGCAAAGACCGGCUGGAGCAAGACCUGAAGACCCAGGCCCUGGACAACCGCGAGACCGACAAGAAGAUGAACAGCCUGAAGCCCGACCUGAUCCAGCUGCGCAAGAUCCGAGAACAGUACCUGCUGUGGCUCAACCACAAAGGGGUUCGACAGAAACGGAUCAACGACUGGCUCGGCAUCAAGAACGACAACGCAGACGACGUUUCCUCGGUGACCGAGGACGACGAGCCCCUCCCCCACCUGGAUGAGCGGAGCUGGUUGGUCGGGGACCUGAACCGGACCCAGGCCGAGGACCUGCUCGGCGGGAAACCGGACGGGUCCUUCCUGAUCCGACAGAGCAGUAAGAAGGGCUGCUACGCCUGCUCCGUGGUCGUGGACGGCGAGGUGAAGCACUGCGUCAUCUACAACACGCCGCGGGGCUUCGGGUUCGCCGAACCGUACGACCUGUACGGGAGCCUGAAGGAGCUGGUCCUCCACUACCGCCAGGCGUCGCUGGUCCAACACAACGACGCCCUCAACGUCCGCCUCGCCCACCCCGUCUACGCGCAGACGCCGCCUGGACGCAGAUGAACCCGCCCCCCCCUCGGACACAAGGCGGGGAGGGGGCGGAGUUUGACCGGAACAGACCGUAGAUAGAGUUUAACACUUUAACGCUGCAGCUCACACGUCAGCCACCUUUUGGAGUUUUAUAUUUUUACGUGAACUCUUCGGAGGGCAUUGUUUCUAAAGAACUGCUGAUUUGCACAAGGAAGGUUUAACGUUUGUGAAUGUGAAAAAACACGAAGGAAGGAAGCGAAGGAAGGAAGGAUUUCCGAGUUUCAGGUUUGACCCGCUGCUACCUAAACUCCAGCUCACACUCUGGACCAGAAACUCGACAAAAAAAAAAAAAAAAAACACAAAAAAC